AUGAAUGUACCUCCAGAACACCCUGGAGCUGGAGGGGAGGCAAACAUGAAGUUUUGUCGUACGCAUUCCGAAUCCAGUACUGACCAACUUCCUCCCCAUCUGACUCACAUGCCUCUCUCAGCAGCAGAGCAAUGUUUUAGAGACCAACGCUUGAAGCGCAACUCUCGAGCCAGUGACACAUCCAGUGCCUAUUCUGGCUCGGACAUGCAUUCAUCAAUUGAUGGACAGGAGAAUGUAGACUUGGAUUACAGUGGAUUAACGGAAAGCAUGGUAGAUUCAGACGAGGAAGAAGGCUACGGCGAAACGUCAGAACGAUUCGAUAUGUUUCCAGAGUUGUACCCUGCAAGGGAUAUUGUCUAUGACAGUCUGGAAAAGUCACCAGAACAUAGGACUGAUGAUGAUAUUGAAACACUUUUGGAUUUUAUGAGACACUUUUCUAUCUUUCUCUCUUACUCUUACCCUCUCUCCCCUUCUCUCUCUCGUCAACCUCCCCCUUCUCUCUCUCUCGUCUCCCUCUCUCUCUCUCUCUCUCUCUCUCCCUCUCCUCUCUUCUCUCUCUCUUCUCUCUCUCUUCUCCCUCUCUCUCUCGUCUCCCCUUCUCUCUCUCUCGUCUCCCCUUCUCUCUCUCUCGUGUCUCCCCUUCUCUCUCUCUCGUGUCUCCCACUACUUCUCUCUCUCUCGUGUCUCCCACUACUUCUCUCUCUCUCUGUCGUCUCCCACUACUCUCUCUCUCUCUGUCGUCUCCCACUACUUCUCUCUCUCUCUGUCGUCUCCCACUACUUCUCUCUCUCUCUGUCGUCUCCCACUACUUCUCUCUCUCUCUCUGUCGUCUCCCACUCUCUCUCUCUCUGUCUCCCACUACUUCUCUCUCUCUCCCGUCUCCCACUUCUCUCUCUCUCUCUGUCGUCUCCCACUUCUCUCUCUCUCUGUCGUCUCUCCGUCUCCCACUCUCUCUCUCUCUCUGUCGUCUCCCCUUCUCUCUCUCUCUCUGUCGUCUCCCACUACUUCUCUCUCUCUCUGUCGUCUCCCUACUUCUCUCUCUCUCUCUCUGUCCUCUCCCUACUUCUCUCUCUCUCUCUGUCGUCUCCCCUACUUCUCUCUCUCUCUGUCGUCUCCCCUUCUCUCUCUCUCUCUGUCGUCUCCCACUUCUUCUCUCUCUCUCUCUCUCUGUCUCCCACUUCUCUCUCUCUCUCUCUGUCGUCUCCCACUUCUCUCUCUCUCUCUCUCUGUCGUCUCCCUACUGUUCUCUCUCUCUCUCUGUCGUCUCCCACUACUUCUCUCUCUCUCUCUCUGUCGUCUCCCACUACUUCUCUCUCUCUCUCUCUGUCGUCUCCCACUACUUCUCUCUCUCUCUCUCGUCUCCCACUUCUCUCUCUCUCUGUGUCUCCCCCUUCUCUCUCUCUCUCUCUGUCUCCCUACUUCUCUCUCUCUCUCUGUCGUCUCCCACUACUCUCUCUCUCUCUGUCGUCUCCCCACUUCUCUCUCUCUCUGUCGUCUCCCACUACUUUCUCUCUCUCUCUCUCUGUCGUCUCCCACUACUCUCUCUCUCUCUGUCCUCCUCACACCUCAUCCUCUCACUCUUUCUAUUUUUGUGCAUUUGCGAAUAUGACAUUAGCUACAAGGCGGGCCUUAUGUGCUGUGAUGGUGUUUGCAGUUGUAAAGAAAUCAGGUGUUCUUGUAAUGAAAGAUGGAGAGGAGCUGGACUCCUGGUCCGUCAUUCUUAAUGGGGAGGUAGAAAUCACUUAUCCAGACGGAAGCAAAAAAAUCCUCACUAUGGGCAACAGCUUUGGUGUGUUUCCCACCUUAGAAAAGCAGACCCAUAAUGGGGUUAUGUACACCCGUGCGGAUGAUUGUCAGUUUGUUUGUAUUGCCCAAGACGAGUAUUACCGUAUAUUGCACCAGGGAGUGGAAAAUACCAGAAAACAUGAAGAACAAGGCAGAGUUGUCAUGGUAACAGAACACCGUGUUUUAGAUGGUGGUAACAGAAAAGGUCAUAUAGUUAUUCGGGGUACCCCUGAACGAUUAAUGCAGCAUUUAAUAGAGGAAGAAAAUUCGUCAGUUGAUCCUACAUAUGUGGAGGACUUCCUGUUAACUUACCGCACAUUCCUCCCCAGCCCUUCAUGUUUAUCGAACAAGUUACUUGCUUGGUUCAAUAAUAAUGAAUUGGGCAAAUCCAAUUUGAAAAUUAAGGUGGCCCGAGUUGUAUUGUUGUGGGUAAACAACCAUUUUAAUGAUUUUGAGAUGGAUUCGGUAAUGUGUGAAUUUUUGGAGCAAUUUGAAAAUCUUUUAGUACAAGAAAAAAUGAACAGUCAGUUACAUCUUCUUGAGCUGGCUUGUUCAAGCAAAGCCCAUCCCCGAACUGUAACUCUGACCAGAGCAACGCGUGAAGAAAUUUUGCAUUUUCUCAUCAUUGGAGGUUUAGAGAGAGGUACAGGCAUUUUUGUUUCCCAGGUGGAAAAGGGUUCAAAGGCUUAUGAUGCUGGUUUGAAAAGAGGGGAUCAGAUUUUGGAAGUAAAUGGUGUCAAUUUUAUAAAUAUUUCACAUUGUAAAGCUCUUGAAACUUUGAGAGGAACAACUCAUCUUUCUAUCACAGUCAAAUCAAACCUUUUGGAGUUCCGAGAAUUACUAGCUGAGAAAAGAUGUCUUAGCACAAAUAAAGAUGAGCCGGUCAAGUAUACCGACCAUAAGCAGCGGCUUUCCGCCCCUGAUUUGGAGGCCUCCUUGGUACCGGCUAUCUCUUCAACCAAAGAAAAAAAGAAUGAUAAAAAAGAACGUGGGUUCAUGACAAUGACUUACAAACCCAAGAUUCGUAAAGCUUUGAUGAGAAUAAAUUUUAUACCAAAGCUAAACAAUAGCGAUAAUAGUAUGAACCAUUCAGAUGAAAGUUUAUACACAAAGCCAUCUCGCAAGUCUUCCACCUCGUCGUCUACAUCAUCAUCUACUGCUGGUAUGUCUAGUCAUUUGUCUGUUAGCAACCCUGACUUAUCGGUGUCGGGAUUGAAUAUUGAUGAUGCAAAAACAGAAUUCCCUGAAAAUGUUCUAAAAAUUUAUCGGUCUGACCAAUCUUUCAAGUACCUUCCUGUUUACAAGGAAACUGAUGCAAGAACUACGGUUAUGUUAGCACUUCAAGAGUUUGGAAUCAAUGAACCUAGCCGAAAUUACUGUCUUUGUGAAGUUACUGUUACUCCUGGAGCUCAGUCAAGUUUGAAGACUCGUUCUUCCCCUCCCUCUUUCUCCUCUCGUUCUUCCCCUCCCUCUUUCUCCUCUCGUUCUUCCCCUCCCUCUUUUUCCUCUCGUUCUUCCCCUCCCUCCUUCUCCUCUCGUUCUUCCCUCCUCCUUCUCCUCUCGUUCUUCCCUCCCUCCUUCUCCCUCGUCCUUCCCUCCUCCUUCUCCUCUCGUUCUUCCCCUCCCUCCUUCUCCUCUCGUUCUUCCCCUCCCUCCUUCCUCUCGUUCUUCCCCUUUCUCCCUCCUUCUCCUCUCGUUCUUCCCUCCUCCUCCUCCUCUCGUUCUUCCCUCCCUCCUUCUCCUCUCGUUCUUCCCCUUCUUCCUCUCGUUCUUCCCCUCCCUCCUUCUCCUCUCGUUCUUCCCCCCUCCCUCCUUCUCUCUCGUUCUUCCCCUCCCUCCUUCUCCUCUCGUUCUUCCCCCUCCUCCUUCUCCUCUCGUUCUUCCCCCUCCCUCCUUCUCCUCUCGUUCUUCCCCCUCCUCCUUCUCCUCUCGUUCUUCCCCCUUUCUCCCUCCUUCUCCUCUCGUUCUUCCCCCCUUUCUCCCUCCUUCUUCUCCUCUCGUUCUUCCCCCCUUUCUCCUCCUUCUCCUCUCGUUCUUCCCCUUUCUCCUCCCUUCUCCUCUCGUUCUUCCCCUUUCUCCUCCUUCUCCUCUCGUUCUUCCCCUUUCUCCUCCUUCUCCUCUCGUUCUUCCCCCUUUCUCCCUCCUUCUCCUCUCGUUCUUCCCCCUUUCUCCCUCCUUCUCCUCUCGUUCUUCCCCCUUUCUCCCUCCUCCUCCCUUAUCCACCCCCUCAUUCUUCCCCACUUUGAAAAACAUUAUCAAUACUACUUAAAGGACAAUAUCUGCACUGACACACUUGUACCAGAAGAGAUGAUGGGGGAACUUAUUAAAGAAUCUCAAAUCAAUUUGCUGCAGCUGAAUACGAUGGAGUUGGCCUCCCAAUUGACCCUUUCUGACUUUGAGGUGUUCCGAGAGAUUGAACCCACUGAAUAUAUAGAUGACAUAUUUGGCAUUAAAUCCUUGUUUGGUUACCACAAUAUUCGCAAGUUUGAAGAGCUUGCUAAUCGAGAAAUGUUUUGGGUCGUGACUGAAAUUUGUAGUGAAACUAAUCUCGUUAAACGGAUGAAGAUAAUAAAACAUUUCAUUAAAAUUGCAAAACACUGUAAAGACUACAAGAAUUUCAACUCUAUGUACGCAAUUAUUGGUGGCCUUGGCCAUGGCGCAGUCUCCAGGUUAAGGAACACUUGGGAUAAAUUGCCCAAUAAAUAUCAAAAAAUGUUUCAUGAUCUCCAAGAGCUUAUGAAUCCCUCUCGUAACAUGGCCAAGUAUCGAACAUUGAUCAGCCCUGAGAAUACCCAACCCCCAAUGUUGCCUUUCUUUCCUGUUAUUAAGAAAGAUCUGACGUUCAUUCACCUCGGCAAUGAUUCUGUUGUUGAUGACUUGAUCAAUUUUGAAAAAUUAAGGAUGAUUGCUAAGGAAAUUCGUCACAUAUGUGACAUGUGUUCUGCCAGAUAUGAUGUGAGUAAUAUGUAUCUGAAUGCCCAUAGUGUAUAUGGCAGCCACACUGUGUCAGGUGUGGCAACACUGAAAAGAACAAAAAACAGGAGAGGUUCGGCAAUACCCAAUAUUAAGAAGAUGUAUGAAGAGUCUCAGAUGAUCAAACGUGUCAAAUCCUACUUAACCAAAAUGCCGGUGAUAACAGAUGAAGAUAAGCUGCAGGAACUGUCACUUCAGUGUGAACCUCCUCCUACCCGUCGAAGAGACACAUCACCAGCGCUGAAUAUCUCUGGGCCUAUGGGAACUGCAGUAAAUACAAACGAUGAAAAACGCUUGUAUCCAGUGGGGCCGAAGUUUGGUUCCCAACUCAAUCUCCAGCGGCCCUCUGGCUUUCUAGGAUCUGUACUAUUCCUCCCAGGAAUUCACCCCCUUAUAAGAGAUACGAAAGGGGAUAGAACAUUAUUUUUUUCUUAUUUCUUUAAAAUAUUGAAAAAAAAAUAUUUCUAUCAUUUACUUUUUUCUUUGUUUUGUUUUUCUUUGACCUUUUCUUUUUUUUAUCUCUUUUUUUUAUUUCUUUUUUCUCUCUCUUUUUCUUUGUCAUUUUCUCUCCCCUUUUCUCUCUUUCUCUCUCUCCUUUUUCUCCUCUCUCUCUCUCCCUCCCCUCUUUCUCUCUCUCCUUUUCUCUCUCUCUCUCCCUUUCUCUCUCUCCUCUUCUCUCUCUCCCCUUCUUCUCUCUCCCUCUUCUCUCUCUCCCCCCUCUCUCUCUCUCUCUCUCUUCCCUCUCUCUCUCCCCUCUUCUCUCUCUCUCCCCUCUUCUCUCUCUCUCCCCUCUUCUCUCUCUCUCCCCUCUUCUAUUUCUCUUCUUCUUCUCUCCCCUCUUCUAUUUCUCUUCUUCUUCUCUCCCCUUUCUUCUUCUUCUCUCCCCUUUCUUCUUCUUCUCUCCCCUUUCUUCUUCUUCUCUCCCCUUUCUUCUUCUUCUCUCCCCUUUCUUCUUCUUCUCUCCCCUUUCUUCUUCUUCUCUCCCCUUUCUUCUUCUUCUCUCCCCUUUCUUCUUCUUCUCUUUUUUCACUAGCCCCUUAUCUCCAAGACGACCUACCUCACCAAGGCAAACCAGGUCUGUUCCAGUACACCUCUCUCAUGAAAGUUCUUCUGUCAACAGUAUGGGACACCUCACCCGAAAUUCUAGUCUCACGGCCCCUACUUUUCUAUUCUCUCAUUCACCUGCUACUUUCCUUUUCUGAUCACCCACUAUCUCGUGCUCCCCCCUAUAUUGCUCUCCUGUUAUCUUCUUCUUCUGCUCUCCCACACUCUAUUGUUCUUCUACCCUCCCACUACCUUACUCAACCACUCAAUCGCUCUCCUGCUACAUUGCUGUCCAUAUCUGUCGCCCUCACGUCCUCUCACUACUUUUCCUCUCCCUCUAUCUUGAUCCUCCCUCUUCGCCCUUCCGAUCUUCUUCCUCUCUUCCGAUCCUCUCUCUGUCGCCCUCUUCCGAUCCUCUCCCUCUGUCGCCCUCUUCCGAUCCUCUCCCUCUGUCGCCUCUUCCGAUCCUCUCCCUCUGUCGCCCUCUUCCGAUCCUCUCCCUCUGUCGCCCUCUUCCGAUCCUCUCCCUCUGUCGCCCUCUUCCGAUCCUCUCCCUCUGUCGCCCUCUUCCGAUCCUCUCCCUCUACCUUCUUCUCCCACUCUUGA